AUGUUUGCUUUGUCCAGCAAUGUUGCAAUUACCUUGGGAAUUUUACGACGUAUUUUGAACGGGGCGUGGACUAUCGUGACAAUUUUGCUGCAGUUCUGUAUGCUACUUUACGCCGCCGCUCAAACCAGUCGAUAUCACAAUAAAAUCUUGGAGGUCUUCAAAAAAAUUGAAUUUCUCAGGAAAACAAAGGCUCCCUCGGAGUACAGACAACAAGAGACUUUAAAAGUACUGGAAAUCUUAAAUGAUUCCAAAAGGUCAAGGGGGUUUUCCAUUGCGUUCCUGGUAGAUAUUAAUGAGAAGGUUGUAUCUAUGCUUCUAGUUUACAUUUGCGGUUACAUCAUGUUUGCGAUUGAUCGUAUGCAGAAUGGUCAAUCCCUUGGCAGUUCCCUUGAAAACCCAAUGAAGAUCAAUUUGACCAGCUGCCACCAGCGUGCAUUCGUGGCAUCUCAGAACUGUACACAUUUACCAAAAUGGGAGACACCAUGAAUGUCAACCAUGGCUUUUUUUGCCGCAUAACAGCUAUCGGGACUCAAUAAACGUUGAGAGAUAUAUUUAUAUUUCCAAGAUAUGUAAAUUUAUUAGCAUCAUGUACAUCCAGAGAAUAUAUAGAAUAGAUCUGUAGUACAACACUUGUGCUUGUACUUCUGGCGCUGGUUAUUCAGUUAA